AUUUAAACAAAUUGUUACUGGGUUAGUUGACACAAUUCCCACCCUCUCCUCUGUUCAUAUUUCAAACUAAAAAUCAACUGAAAGUUCCGAGUGAAUGGAAAGAGAGGAAGAAAUCAGUGAGGAACAAAGAAAACGGGCCGACGCAAACCGAGCCGCUGCUCUUGCCAAACGCAAGGCCGCGCUCUCGAGCACUGAACGAGCCACUCAUCUCACAAACAACCCCUGGUCACUCUUCAAAUGCCGCAAGCUUUCUCCCAAGGCCAUCGCCAUUCCGAAGCAGCCUAUUGCUGCUGAUUCGAUUAAGACAAGCCUAAAUCCGGAGAAAUUUCGCGCUCGGUUCGAAAUUUGCUCGCCGGAUUCUUUUUCAAUCACUCCUGUUCAUGUUGAGGGUUUUGUAUUUCCUGGCGAAGAUGUUUGCUUUCAGACGCUGAGUGAUCGUCUAUCCAGUGUUUUAUCUCGCUACACCCAGAACAUUGGUGGUGGCCAGUCCUUUGCUUACAGGCUUUAUGAUUAUCACUUGGUCCUGAAGUCAUUAAAGAAUUGCAAGGACAUUGAGUGUGAAGAGAUACCUUGGGGAACCUUGAAUGUUGUCGAGAAGCUUUCACAUUCAUUUAUUGCUGGACGGUGGAUACCUUGUAGACCUGAGCAUCUCCCUGAAGAGAAGGUAGAUGAGUUGAUUGAUGAGCUCCCCAAAUCUUUGUUAAAUGCUUUAUUACCUUUUCAACUCGAUGGCGUUCGUUUUGGACUGAGGAGGGGUGGUCGCUGCCUUAUUGCUGAUGAAAUGGGGCUGGGGAAGACCCUCCAGGCUAUUGCGAUUGCAGGCUGUUUCAUGAAGGAAGGUUCCAUACUAAUCAUCUGUCCUGCUAUUUUGAGACAUACAUGGGCUGAGGAGUUGGAGCGCUGGUUUCCUUGUUGUCUGCCUUCUGAUGUUCACCUAGUUUUUGGCCAUCAAGACAAUCCUGCACGGUUGCCUAAACUUCCCAAAAUUGUGGUGAUAUCAUACACUAUGCUUCGUCGUUUGCGAAGUAGCAUGUUGGAGCAAAAGUGGGCCACCUUGAUUGUUGACGAAUCGCAUCACCUACACUGUAACAAAAAAGCAGUAGAAAAAGAUGAGGCAUUUUGUAUGAUUGUGGUGUGCCUAUUGAUCCUUCUGCUAAAAGCUGUACUUGACAUGGCUACAAAGGUCAAGCAUCUUAUUUUACUAUCAGGAACCCCCUCUUUGUCAAGGAAAUACUUAAGCCAGGUUUGCUUGGAAAGACCAAAUAUGAGUUUGCAAAAACUUAUUGCUCUGUCAAAUUUGCCCAAGGUUGUCAAGGAAGAUUUUAUCAGGUAUUGUUUAGCUUCAUAUGAAGAUCUGAUGGAUUUCUCAAAGGGGAUACGCUUGGAGGAAUUAAAUGUGUUACUAAAGCAAAGUGUUAUGAUAAGACGCCUAAAGGAGAACGUUUUGCUGGAGCUACCACCCAAACGUCGUCAGAUUAUUAAAUUAGUUUUAAGGAAGUCAGAUAUAAAUUCUGCGAUGGUGACUCUUGGGAUUGAAAGUGGUGAUGCGUCUGCGGACACUAAUGCUGAAAACGCUCCUUGUCAUGUUUCUGACAAAGAUGAAGAUAUUGACAUGAAUAAGAAAUUGUCGCAUAAGCUCUCGGCCCUUGGUUUAGCAAAGCUGGCUGGAUUCCUUGAGUGGCUCUCUAUACAUCCGAUAAUGGUAGAGGCAGAUGGAAACGGAACCUCCGAAGAGAGUUCCAGCUCCCACAAAAUGAUAGUAUUUGCUUAUCACCAUAAGGUGCUUGAUGGGGUGCAGGCAUUUUUAUGUGAGAAAGGAACUCAUUUUGUUCGUAUUGAUUGCACCGUAACUGGUAAUGAUAGACAGUCAGCUAUCCAGUCUUUCCAACUAUCAAAGAAGGUUAAGAUUGCGUUGAUUGGUAUUCGUGCUGGAAGCUCUGGGCUUAAUUUAACGUCAGCAGAUAAUGUUGUGUUCUUGGAAUUACCUACGACACCAGGAGAUAUUCAACAGGCUGAAGAUCGUGCUCAUAGGCAUGGGCAGACGAGACCAGUGAACAUUUACAUUUUUUGUGCAAAGGACACUUCGGAUGAGUUACAGUGGCAGCAGCUGAAUAAGAGUUUGCUUUCUGUUUCCUGUACAGUGAAUGGAAAGCAUGACGCUAUACAGGAAAUAGAGGUCGAGCGUGUUUCUGAUUUUGAGAACACCACAGAUACGAGUGGGAAGGGGGACCAACCAAUAAGAUUUCAAAAUUCUUGUUUAAAUCUUGAAUCGCACUCGCAACUUCCAGUGGCAUCUUGUGACACAAACACGAAUGUGCUCGAUGCUAGUGAUGAAAAGCAUGAAAGUGGAAUCAUGCUAAAUGAAGAUAAGUGUGUCAGUGAAGGUGAACUUGAGGUGAAAAGUUCUAUGCAAUCAGCCCAUCUUCGGUUUGAGAUAAGCCAGCAUACUGGAAGGAUCCACUUGUACUCCUGUAUCCCAGGAACUAAUUCAAGACCAACACCACUUUUUAAGAAUUUUCGGCAAGAAGAAAUCGAAUGCCACUCAGUUGCAGAGAUUAAUGAGAAAUCUGGUGAUAAGUCCCCUGAAGAUAUUUCACUAUAUAUUGGAGCUCUUAUGGAUUUCAUCAAGGAAUGGAAGGAGCUCAGGCCGAUUGAGAAGAAGAAAUUGAUGAAUAAACCCUUGCAACUUCCACUGUCUUAUGAACUCUGCUAUUUGAAUGAAAGCUUGACCCAUGAUAUUGAGGGACUAUUGAGAGGUGGAAGUAAAAGGCGUAAAACACCUAUGUCAGAGAUAAGCUGUCCAUUACCGUCAAAUGCUUCCUGGAGAAAAGUCAGCCUAAAUAGUGAUCAUGGUCAGAAAGAGAAACUCUACACUCAGGGUUGGACUGAUGUAAAUGAACCCCUCUGCAAGCUAUGCCAGACUCCCUGCAGGGGAAUCAAUGCUACAGUGCCUCAAUAUUUCGAAGACCUGUUUUGUAAUUUGCAAUGCUUUGAAGAGUAUCGCUCACGAACUAGCAAUAGAUUUCUUCGCCAGGAGCUUUUCAAAAUUGAGAAUGGCAUUUGCACAAAUUGCAAAGUGAAUUGUCAUCAAUUAGUGAAGAACUUGAAAACUUUACCAAUUGAGAAGCGAGAAGCGUAUAUCCAGAAAGAGGCUUUAAAAAUAUCAAAACGCCAUAAACUAGUGGACAAGCUUGUUAAUGACCCUACAGAAGGCAAUGCUUGGCAUGCGGAUCACAUUAUACCUGUGUAUAAAGGGGGAGGUGAAUGCAAGCUUGAGAACUUGAGGACCCUCUGUGUUGCUUGUCAUGCUGAUGUCACCACCGCACAGUGUUCUGAGCGCCGUAUUACUAGAAACAAAGCAAAGAAACAACUCAAAGAGGCAAUGCAGGACCUAAUAAAUGCCGACAAGUCUACAAAAAAUGAUAAUGUGCUGCAGGGCUGUGACUCUGAGUACAAGAGUAAGGAAAUGGAUGACGAUCUUUUUAUUGAGAUUCCGGGCAGUGCAUAUUCUACCACAAGUGAUAAUAAAACCGACAAACUAAAUCAAGAGUAACUGUUGUUCUGUUCUGGCUACUGCUAUGCCGCAAGAGCUUUUGACAACCUAAAUAGAUGCCAAGCAGUUCGAAGAGAGUGAAACCUGGGAAAGUUAAGUUCUACAAAACCAUUGUCCUCGUAAAUCUCUGUAUUUUGCUAAUGACAAUGCUUUUCGUACAGCUGAUGCAUCAUGACCUAUUUUUGCCUAUGUAAUUUUUGUAGUCCUAGAAAGGGUAAAACAUUGACUACAACAUUAUUGUACAUAGCAACUUAUAGUUUCUUUGGGAAAAUGCAACUGAACUUCGUAAAUAUUCAUAAAUUGCAACCUCUCCUACAUCUUAACCUCCGAAAAAAUGGAUGUGUAUGGUCAAGAUGCAGGAGAGGUGCCAAUUAUAAAUGUUCGUGAAAUUCAAGUUGCAGUUUACCGAAAAAAUUACUAUAGGUUGCAAGUCCAAAAACAAAAUGUUUCUCCCCUAAAAAAGAUAUAUAGAUUUGUUCAUCGUCUUUGACCCAACUCACUGUGGAGUCAAUUCCAUUUGUUGACCAUAAGGACCAUUUCAGUCGAUUCCAAGUUUGUAGUCUGUUACUCGGUUAGAGUUGUUUAACCAUCAAGAGUUGGCAGUUGACAGUCAGAAAAUGCUCCACAUUUGUAAUAAUAUACUCAUAUAUCAUUCCAGUUGCUCGCAUGUAAGUAUUCAACUCAUCAAGUUGUGUUUUGGAUCAAAAUUUUGGAUUUCUCCACGACCCUCUAUUGAGUUUAGUAGGGCUAUGAAAGCAACAAAAUCGAGGG